AUGGAAAAGAAGAUCCAGAAGGUGGCCGACCUGCUCAAAAAGGACGACGCCAAGGUCACGUUCUUUGUAGGGGCCGGGAUCUCGACCAGCUGCGGGAUCCCCGACUUCCGCUCGCCAAAGACAGGACUCUACUCGAAUCUCAAGAGGCUCCAGCUGCCCUAUCCAGAAGCGGUGUUUGACAUCGACUAUUUCCGCAGAAACCCCAAGGCGUUCUACACGCUGGCAGAGGAGCUGUAUCCAGGCAAGUUUGUGCCUAGCAAGUUCCACUACUUCAUCAGACUGUGUCAGGACAAGAGGAAGCUGAAGCGUUGCUACACUCAGAACAUCGACACGUUGGAGCGUCUGGCGGGCGUGAAGGACGAGUUUAUCGUCGAGGCACACGGCUCGUUCGCCAAGAACCACUGUAUUGACUGUGAUGCCGAAAUGGAGACCGAGGAGCUCAAGAAACAGAUGAAAAGCAAGAUUCCGACGUGUGCCAAAUGUAAAGGCUACGUGAAGCCGGAUAUUGUGUUUUUUGGCGAGGCGCUGCCUGCGAAGUUUUUCGACACAUGGGACGAGGACUCAUCGUCGAAGAUGGACCUGGCUGUUGUUGCUGGCACGUCGUUGGCGGUGUACCCGUUUGCUGGUCUUCCUGCUGAGGUGAGCAAGGAUUGCACGAGAGUGCUGAUCAACAGAGAGGAAUGCGGCGACUUCAAGGCCAAUCCGCGCAAGUCGGACAUAUUGCUGCUUGAGAGCUGCGACAAGGUUGUCGAGGAGCUGGCCAGGCUGCUGGGAUGGGAAAAGGAGCUGGAUGCGCUGGUGGAGCAGGGAAGAAAGGCCUUGAAAGACAACAAGCUGCACAUUCCAGCGACCGAGGAGGAACUGGAAAAGAAGGUUCUAGAGGAGGCUGAGGCCAUUGCAAAGGUGGAGAGAGAGGAAGAGGCAAAGGAGGAGGAAGAGAUCGACCAGCUGGCAGACACACUGAAAAAUGUCAAGGUGGACAAUUAA